AUGAGCGAGGCGCAAGGCGAGUUCCCCUCUCAGCCCACAAGCGUCUACACAUCUGUCAUUGUGGACCCAGCUGCGGUGCAUGAGUCCGACCUAUGGAACGCAGGAUUGGCACAACCCGCCUCGGGGUCAGAGGCGGAAUUGCAGGUCGAGGAGAAUUAUGAAAAUCCACCAAACGGCUGCGUGCCUCUCGUCUCCUCCAACAGGGUGUUGAGCAUCUCGGCCAACCAUUCUCUACGGAGCAGUGCGGAGCAGCUCUCGGAUGGGCAUACUCAGCGAACCCGCGGGUAG